AUGAGCUGAUAUGCCUUCUAUCGUCAGAUUUACCAACUCUGCAUCAUCGCUUGACCCAGAAAAGCCUCCAGCUUCUGUAAUGUUGCUUGUAUCCAACCUACAGUUUGUGAUUUGAAACGACGGAUCUAAGCUAUCAGCCUUUUCAACCUCCGUAGCCGCUUCAUUUAAAUCCACGAUAAUACAAGACGAUUUCGGUAUGUCCUCAGGUAUACUCUCGCCUUCAAACACGUAAUGCACAACGGGAUGUUUAUAUGUAUUACGGGCCUGGUCGUGUAUAACAACAAAUUGCGGAAUGGCGGUCAUGAAGGUCUUGGGGCCAGGCAGGAGAGCAGAAGUGUCCAAACAGGGACAGAGAUCCUUUCCACUCACUUUGCAGAGUGACUGCUUCUCAAUUCAGAUUGAGUGUGGGUGGAUUCGAGAUAAAUUUUUUUUUUUUUUUUGUUCCAACACAACUAAUACCCCUUUGAAUCAAAAUGGCUAAAGGUUUACGUUCAAAAUCCAAGGGUCGCUUCAGAGCCAUCCGACGUGAAAAGGUUUUCCAGUCAACUAUUGAUGAGCGCACAGAACGACUUGCCAAGUUGCAAGCCGAUGCUGCCGACAAAGCCAAGGUCAGCAAUGGUGGUGACGAGGAUAUGGAUGCAGCUGCUGCUUUGGACGAGGAAUUGAAGACUGAUGAAGAACCCAAGAAGGUUUCCACCAGUGGACCCCGUAACAAGAAGCAAGCUCGCUAUCUUGAGAAGAAGAAGAUUGAGAAGAAGAAGAAAGCAAAGAAGGGUAUGGCCAUCUUUAGAAAAUAGAAUCCCCUCAUAGUCAUUUCCACUUUCUGUAAAUAUCACCAAACAUCGUCUGCUAUCACCGACGCAGUAAUAUUUUUUUGAUCUUAUUAAAACGGCUUGUCUGCAUCCGGCACACUCAAAUACAAUCCAUGGUCAUGGCUAAAGUGAAUUGCAGCGGUAUGAA